UUGCAACUUUUGCAGGCACUCCGCAGACAUGCCCAGUGCACACUGAAGCCGCAACCUGCAAUCCGGCUCAGGCUCGGGGCCACACCACCGACUGCCCUCAUCCGUUUAGACGAAGUUGCACGGAACCGUUCUAUUGAAAUCCGGCUAUUACAAUUGCAGUUGUGGAUGUGAUAUAUAUCUAUAUUCUCUCUCUCUCUCUCUCUCUCUCUCUCUCUCUCUCUCUCUCUCCCUCUUCUUUUCUCUCCCCCGAUGAACUGGCUCAGUAAUGUGGGAGACGGCGAUUCUGUCAGCGGCUCAAGAUGGCAGAUUUUUUACUGAGUUCUGAACUGAAGCAUCUCUUCACAUUUUUGCCAUGAAUAGCAGAAACCCUUGCACCGAUGGCCCCUGUAUACGAAGGUAUGGCCUCGCAAGUGCAAGUCUUUUCCCCCCACACUCUCCAGUCAAGUGCCUUCUUUAGCGUGAAGAAACUGAAGGUGGAGCAAAGUUGCAACUGGGAUAUGACAGGGUACGGCACGCACAGCAAGGUCUACAGUCAGAACAGCAAGCAGAGCGUGUCUGCUGCCCCAGUGGGCCUCAACGCCGCCUCGCUCCAGGUCACCAACUCCUCCUUGCCAUACGAGCAGGCUCUCCUCUUCCCUGCCAGCUCUGGCCACAUCGUGGUUGCCUCAGCGAGUAGCACAUCUGGGGUGGCCGGCCAGCUUCUGGGGAGCACGGGAAGCAGUAGUGGCAGUGGCAGUGGAGGGCACAACCUGACGCGCCGCAGCACUGUGAGCUUGCUGGAUACAUACCAGCGAUGCGGGCUUAAGCGCAAGAGUGAGGAGUUAGACAACAACAACGGCAGCGGAAGCAGCGUGCACGUGGUGGAGGAGCUGCAGCAGCCUCCAGCAGCACCGAUGCUCCAGAACAAUGGCCAGAGUGGCCCAACAGGCACCGUGGCCACCGCCUCCACGACAGCCACAUCCAAGACCAGUGGCGCCAACAGCGAGGGUGACUAUCAGCUCCUGCAGCAUGAGGUUCUGUGCUCCAUGACCAACACAUAUGAGGUGCUGGAGUUCUUAGGCCGAGGUACUUUCGGGCAGGUGGUGAAGUGCUGGAAGCGUGGUACCAGUGAGAUUGUGGCCAUCAAGAUCCUGAAGAACCACCCAUCAUACGCGCGCCAGGGCCAGAUCGAGGUCAGCAUCCUGGCACGCCUUAGCACAGAGAGUGCGGAUGACUACAACUUUGUUCGGGCGUACGAGUGCUUCCAGCACAAGAACCACACGUGCCUGGUCUUUGAGAUGUUGGAGCAGAACCUGUACGACUUCCUCAAGCAGAACAAGUUCAGCCCACUGCCCCUCAAGUACAUCCGGCCCAUUCUGCAGCAGGUGGCUACAGCGCUGAUGAAGCUGAAGAGUCUGGGUCUGAUUCAUGCCGACCUGAAGCCUGAGAACAUCAUGCUGGUGGAUCCUGCUCGGCAACCCUACAGAGUCAAAGUCAUCGACUUCGGCUCUGCCAGUCAUGUGUCCAAAGCUGUGUGCUCCACUUACCUCCAGUCCAGAUACUACAGAGCUCCAGAGAUCAUCCUUGGCUUGCCCUUCUGUGAGGCUAUAGACAUGUGGUCCUUGGGCUGCGUCAUCGCUGAGCUCUUCCUGGGCUGGCCGCUUUAUCCUGGAGCGUCUGAGUACGAUCAAAUUCGGUACAUUUCUCAAACACAGGGGCUGCCAGCAGAAUAUCUGCUGAGUGCUGGAACGAAAACUACCAGGUUCUUCAACAGAGACCCAGACUCUACCUAUCCACUGUGGAGAUUAAAGACACCAGAGGAUCAUGAGGGUGAGACAGGGAUCAAGUCUAAGGAGGCCCGCAAGUACAUUUUCAACUGCCUGGAUGAUAUGGCACAGGUGAAUGUGAGCACAGAGCUGGAGGGCAGUGACAUGCUGGCAGAGAAGGCAGACCGGAGAGAGUUCAUCGACCUGCUGACCAAGAUGCUGACCAUCGACGCAGAUAAAAGGAUCACGCCCAUUGAGACACUCAACCAUCCAUUUGUUACUAUGGCUCACCUGCUGGACUUCCCCCACAGCACACAUGUCAAAUCCUGCUUCCAGAACAUGGAGAUCUGUAAGCGCCGAGUGAACAUGUACGACGCGGUCAACCAGAGCAAGACACCGUUCAUCACACACGUAGCCCCCAGCACUUCCACCAACCUCACCAUGACCUUUAACAACCAGCUCAACACUGUGCACAGCCAGGCCACCAACCUGGCUCCCUCCUCCACCAGUGCCACCCUUUCCCUUGCCAAUCCUGAUGUCUCCAUACUAAACUACCAAUCUGCACUCUACCAGCCUCCUGCAGCGCCCAUGGCUGCCGUGGCACCCAGGACCAUGCCCCUGCAGCCUGGCGCCCCUCAGCUCUGCGCCACGCGGCCUGACCCCUUCCAGCAGGCGCUUAUUGUUUGCCCACCAACCUUCCAAGGGUUGCAGGCGUCCCCCUCCAAGCACAGCGGCUACUCCGUACGGAUGGAGAAUGCUGUUCCCAUAGUGACUCAGGCCCCCGGUGGUCAACCCCUGCAGAUCCAACCUGGCCUUCUCACACAGCAGGCCUGGCCCUCUGGUACCCAGCAGAUCUUGUUGCCCCCAGCAUGGCAGCAGCUCACACACACCUCUGUACAGCACGCCACCGUCAUCCCGGACUCCAUGAGCACAUCUCAGCCCCUGCCCAACUGGAGGAAUUCCCAUCCCCAUGGCAGCCAUUACAAUCCCAUCAUGCAACAGCCAGCCUUGCUUGCCGGUCACGUGUCACUGCCUUCCCAACAACCGUUGAAUGUGGGCGUGGCUCAUGUAAUGAGGCAGCCGUCAAACAACAGCUCGUCCUCCAAAAAGAGUAAGCCGCAGCAGAUGAGCAACAGAAACGUGUCAGCCUAUGAGGUGUCCUCCUCCCAGGCGGUGUUGUCCCCUCAGCGCUCGAAGCGUGUUAAGGAGAACACACCGCCACGCUGCGCUGUGGUACAAAACGGACCCUCUGCUGCCUGCGCCCCACCCCAGGCCUGUGGAGGAGGAGGUGGUGGAGGGUGGGGAGAAGAACAGGCCUCCAGCACAACGCGAGAGCACCACGUACCACACAACCAACACCCACAACACAACCAACACAACCCUCCUCGGCAGACCAUCGUCAUCCCUGACACCCCGAGUCCAGCUGUCAGCAUCAUCACCAUCAGCAGCGACACAGACGAGGAGGAUGAGCACAAGCAGCCCAGUAACACCAGCACAUCAUCCAAGCAGCGGAAAAACGUCAUCAGCUGUGUCACUGUCCACGACUCCCCAGACUCUGACUCCAGCAAUAACAGCCCCUAUGCUGUCGAGUCCCGAACCAACGGCCUCAAUGCUAACAACUAUGACUCUAAGGGCGCAGUGCUGGAGGACUACAACAACGGAAAUCCCCGAACCAUCAUCAUCCCUCCUCUGAAGAGCCAGACCAGCGAGAGCCUGAGCGAGUGUGAUGGACUUGUGCCUGACACAAUGAACCACCAGAAUCCUGCCUACAAGUUUAAAUCCUCCAAUGGAGGCCUGUCAGCUCACAAUCACUCAUCGGGGGGUGUUCCUGGAGGCGGAGCAUAUCGGCAGCAACGUACCGGGCCACACCCCUUCCAGCAGCAGCCGCUCAAUCUCAGCCAGGCUCAGCAGCACAUGGCGGUCGAGAGAACUGGAGGACACAGGAGACAACAAGCCUAUAUCACACCUACCAUGGCUGCUCAAGCUCCCUAUUCCUUUCACCACAACAGCCCCUCCCACAGCGCUAAUGUGCACCCCCACCUAGCUGCCACUCACUUAUCUGGCCAACCCCACCUUUACACGUACACCACUCCCGCUGCCCUGGGAUCGACCGGCACUGUGGCACACCUGGUGGCAUCGCAGGGUUCAGCUCACCAUGCAGUCCAACACGCUGGCUACCCACCAAGCAUUGUGCACCAGGUACCUGUCAGCAUGGGUCACCGCGUGCUCCCAUCCCCCACGCUGCACCACGGCCAGUACCAGCCCCAGUUCGCCCACCAAACAUACAUCAGCGCUUCUCCUGCCUCCACUGUCUACACUGGAUAUCCCUUGAGCCCCACCAAGAUGAACCAAUACCCGUAUCUCUAGACCAGAAAACACUGGAGCCGAGUCCAACGCUGCUUCCCGUCCUCACCCCACUAAAGACAGAGUCAGUGAGACCACGCCCAAGCUUAACGGCCCCGAAACCCUUUCCCUGUCCUCGUCACGCUUAAACUUGAAGACAAUGAAGACGCUGGUGGAGAAAGAAAGAGUACUAUAGGAGGGAAGGGAUGAGUUUGAAAGGAGAUUUAUUUUUUGUUUCAUAUGAGUUUGGUUUUCUUUUUUUAAAAAAAAGGGCCAGUUCUGUUUCUUUUUGGGGUUUUCUAAUAUUUUCAAAAUAUGAUAGAAAUCAUUUAAUUUCUUGUCCAGCAUGGUCACGUUGCUGUUGGCAUUUUAGGAGAGCCUGGGAGUUUGAUUAGCUCGUUCUUUCUUCCUUUUUUUUUCGUUCACUGACUGUUGAGCUGAGGUCACGUGGUGGAUGAGAACGUCAUAUAAGGUGAAAUACGGAUAUCUGCUGCUCUACAAAGAAAAAAAAAAAAUAAUGAUGGCCUUGAACUGUCUUAAACAUUUCCGAAUCACUUGCGGUGAUGGGUGCUGCAUGUACUCCGCCAUCCUCUCCUAUAACAACAGCUGGAGGAAUCUUCUGGAACUAUGAGGAAAACAAAAAAGACAAAAGACUUUCUAGUGUAUUUAUAGAUUUUUUUUUUUUUUUUUUUUUUGUGUUCACAUUUAGAAAAGAAACUAAGUUUUGUCAUACGGUAGGACAUUUAGCUAGCCCUACCCCCUCGCUCCUUCUUUUAGGAUGUAGCAAUUUUACUCCUGCUUAUUUUAUGAAGAACCUUUCUGAUGCCAAUAGAAUUUUUGGUUCCUCCUCUUUAAAUGUGAUUGCACAACGUUGUUGUAAUAACAUAAGCAUGUAUAACAUAAUAGUCUGUGCACGUGUGUGUGCUGCUGUUGGCCAUGUGCGUGGUACACCUUCCUCUGCACCUUUGUGCGAUAUAUAUUUCUCCACGGUCUUAGGUUUAUCAUUGUUCCCUCGUAGUGCCUUACACAUAUUACAAUGGUUUACUUGGCUGGAAAACCUUUUAGAACCAACAGAAACUAGUUUGACCGUUGGCUUCUUGGUUGGACAUCUUCGUCUGAGAUGUUUUGUUCUUACCUUCCGGGUGUAAGCAUAGUCCUAAAUGUAAUUAGCUAGAUAAUGAUACACAACACCAUUUCGUAAAACAACAGUGCUUCUUGUUUCGCAUGCAUGAGCUUAUUUAACUUUUAGACCAAGAUACUUCCUUGGAGUAAUGAACCAAAGUUGUCAUUCGGUAAAGAUUAGUGACAUUUUGUUACUAUAUUAUGUAUAGUAUGUUUACUGUAUAGCGUAGCUGUGUGUCUUAGGAACCUAUUCAGUGGCACUGAAAUUUUUUCCCGUGUUCGUUUUGUUAGGACGGCAUGAAUCGUUGGAAACCGAGGCGCUACACAUGAGUCGUUUCGAAUGCCCGCGCUAAUGCGUUUGAUUAACCGUCAUCGAAUCCUGAGGUUAAGGGCAAAGUAUAUUAUCUGCUAAUGAGGUCCAGUUGCAGCACAUCUGGGAGGGAUUUCUGGAAGGAGGUCAGAAGAGCAGGAGUGUUUGCAGAGAGAACAGAACAUCGAGCCGCCCCGGUGAGCCUGGUGCAGAAAUGAUGUUGAAACAGUGAACCUGUGAGGGUGAGCGAGCGGGUCGAGGUAGGGACAGGACCGAUUUAAGGUGCUAAAGGAUGGCACUGGAUGGAUUUUUAAUUUUUUGGAUGGGAAUUGUAGAGAGAAAGGGAGACUAAAUUCCACAUCUUAAUGAGAAUAGCAUGUUGGCUUUGAGCAUGUCGGUAGGACCUGGAGGAAUCUGCGCUACUUGAGGCACUGCAUGAAAACACACCGCCUUCUGGACCAAGCGUUUGUUGGGAAGGUCCGUGCUGGGGAUUUUUUUUCUUUUUUUUUCUGUGCUUUGAAGGCUGUGGUUCUCAACACGAACCCGAAGCCGGUCACAGAAGCGAUUGUUCACCUGAAAGAGUUGCAGAAAUUUGUUUGUUCCUCUUUGUCUUAAUUAAAGGAAGAACUUGUGCUGGAUCUUGCUUUAAGAGAAAGGGAUCGCUGAUACGGGGAAAGAAAUUGUGGGCCAACCGUUGCGUUUGUUUUUAUUUUUAUUUUAUUUUUUUGCUGCUUGAUUAAUGCCAGCUUGUGUUUUCGCCAAUGAUUAAGUGAUCUGACUCGACGAGGGCACAUGCAUGUGAUUUUCCGAGUGCAUCUGAUUCUCCCCUCUCAUGUCACGCCAUAGUACACGCAUUUGAAGUGGUUUUAUUUUUGUUUGUUGAUCAUGUUAUAAAUAUUUCGUGUCAGUUAGAGAUACAUUUAGAGUAAUCGUCAAGGUUUUGUUGAUUAUCAUUAGGGCUCGUUUUUGUUUUGUGUCUGCUGGUAAUAAUAAUACAAAGUAUUCUUAGGGACAUCUAGUUGGUCAGAAAGCGUUGAUUCUCCCCAGACGUUUUUAAUUCAUGAGCUUAUAUGUUCGAGGUUUCUUUUUCCUCAUAGACUUUUAUUCGUUUUGAGCUGACCGAUGUAGGAUGUCAGGAUGUCUAUUGAUUUUUUAAGUCGUAUCGGUUCCAGGACGCCGAGAAGUGGACGUUCCUGUGUUGAUUAGAAAUGCGUCUUAACAUUCCAUAUUAGAAAGCGAAGUCUUGUCUCACUGCACUGUCUAUCGUCUCUGGUCCUGUUUUACCUCACGUAGUCCGGCCAUGUCUGACCACACGGGGACUCGUUGUCAUUUCACACCUGUAGUUCUUCCCGCCAAAGAAAUUCAGGGUGUUGACGAUGCGCAGGAUUGUCCGUCGAACGUAAAUGAGAUGACUUGACAGGGGAAGAAAAAUGAGAUCGACGUACAGAAAGAUUCCACACCACAGCGUAUAUAGGAUCAACACGAUUUGACAAAAUCAUUCUUAACUGCGCGUGCGAUCUCAAGCUGCUCGCUGGUUUUCUUUCUUUGAAUCCCGUUGUAGGAAUUUGUACAUUUCCUAGCUUUCUCGAAGAUAACUUCUUUCUUAUCUUAUACACUUUUUUUCCCCCUUCGGUUACAAGUUCUUCAGCUUUACUAAUGUGAUUAUGAAGUGAGUAUAUGUGAAUCAAUUAACUAAUAGAAAGCAGUACUCCAUAGUGACCAGAAUGAGAUACCAGUGAUGGUCACUAGCACAAAAUGAAUGUACAAUGUGAGACUAAACAUCUCAUAUCUAUCUCUAUAUAUAUAUAUAUACAUAUAACUAUAGAAUAACUAUUAGUUGUUACAAAACAGUGCCAUCUUUUUACUGUAAAUGUACAUUUUUCCUAAAAAAAGAGAGAAAAAAUAAAAGGAUGCAAUAUGUCUCACAAGAAUAACUUGGUUACCGUUAACAUCCACAAAAACGUAUUAAGUAACAUCUUGUGUUUUUCCUUUUGGUUUAUUUUCGUUUUUAAAUGAACUAGGAUGAGCUGGAAUUAGCCGUUAGCUACGUCUAUGAAGAUUUUUUUUUUUUUGAUCCAGUUACCAAAAUGUCUGGAAAAACGAUCAUAUUUUAUACGACUGACAAUUUCAAACGAAGUCUUUUUAACUAUGAUUUUCUCUUCUUGAUCACCUCCUGGAAAAAUUCAUCCACAUGUCAAAACACUGCCUUCCAAUCGAUGAACUCGAAGCUUUAAAGCAAUGGUCAAAAUGGACCCUUCUUUUCUUUUUCUUUCGCGCUGCUUUUAUUCAUGGUAAUCAAAUCUCACGUCCCCCUUCAGUUCCCAGCGCCAGAUGUCCUCCUAGCUAACGCUUCGAAGCAUUUGAAAUUCCUGACAAGCGAAGACGCUGUUUAUUACCCUAAAUAGUCUAAUCAGUGUACGAGCGCUUUGUGAAGCACACACUGUUGAACAUCAUGGGUGCUGACAGGUGUUUUAUCACUUCCUUUCGGUGACAGAGUGACAGCACUUCAACCAUCUUUAAGCCCUUUUGUUAAGUGUUUGAAAAUGUUUUGUUAUUUUUGUUCUGGGCGUGGGUUUAAAACAGAGCGGUCAGUAAUCUGCAUGUGCAAAUGUGCUAAGAGGUCAAACUAUAGAAAUGGCCAAUCUCUAUACUUUUUUAGAACCAAAAUAAAUGAGUCAAAGAUCUUUAAUCCCUGGUAGUAUGGAGUUGAAUCGUUGGUCAGAUUCUCAUGAUGGAUUCGAUUGUCUGAACGGCUCGACAGUAAAUCCUGCUCUCCACGCAGACGGUGCUGCAGACGCACUCGAUCAAACGCAAAUCUGUCAGAUCCCACCAGACGAAACGACAAUUCAUCACCGGUCGCCGUGGUAAUCUGUUAUGUAGCUGUGACGCACCGUAGCCAUGUGUGCAACCAUCUAUGACAUGAACUUCUUUUCUACUUGCACAGCAACAAGUCAAAUGUAAACUAAAUAUUUUUCUAUAUUAUAUCUCAAGACCUAAGAAAGCAUCGCACCCUGACCCUGAUUUUUUCUUUUUUUCUUUUGUGUCUAUUGCUGUAGGGUUUCUCAAUGGUGUAUCUCAUUAGUUGUUGUCAAAGCUGUUGUGUGCUGCAGUAUUUUUCAAGUAUGUUCCUUUGUUUAAUGUCUUCUUCUUUUUUUAAUUUAGCAUUCAUUAUUGGGGAUUUGAAGAACGUGUGACGUCUCAUUAUUUCAAUCUGUUCUAACGUAGCGCUAUGUGUACCCCGUACCUUAGACUAAUAUUAUUAAGUAUGUUAUGAGAAUGGAUAUUUUACUGGCUUUAUAGAAUGUUAAAAUUGAAUAUAAUAUUGAGAAUAAGAAGAAUGAUUUAACUCCAAAACGUUGAGUACUUGCUAACUAAGCGCUUGUGUUACCAUUACGAUGUUGUGUGCUUCUCUUAAUUUUCGUUGUAGAAAAAUUGAGUGAGUUUUAUAUUAGGCUUCGACGACUAACGAUAGCAGUGUAAAUUUUAUGGAGGAUUUUAACAAACAUCUGGGUUAUAGAAGAAUAUAGUUAUUUUAAUUGUUCUAUUUACUAACUGUAGGGUGAGAAGGGGCUCGCGUUGUGGUGAACUAUGUUAUAGCUUGUUAUUCACUGUUACUUUUGAUCAUUUUUUCGGUCUCCAAGGUGAAUCGAGUUAUUAAUGAGAAUUUGUAUGCUCACAUAUGCAUAUUGUAUAUGUGUAGAAAUGUAAUCACACUUUGUCUUGGAUUUACAUUAAACUGUCACAGCAUUAA